AUAAGACACGCCAUAAUCCAACAAAUUCCAGAAGAGUAUCUUAAUAAAUUAUUGUGAGAUUGAAGGAGGCAAAGCAAGCAAGUUGACAUCAAAUGAUGAUCAACGUGAUGAACUGCUAAAUAAUUUGUUGUUUCCCAUGCUGACACCAGCACUGUUCUAUAUUUUCAAAGAAUAAAACCCCUCAUUUCCAGUACCCAGAAUCACUAGAUUGUGAUUUGAUAGCUUAUUCUGAAACAAAAAUGGCGGAUACCAAAUGGGUAUUUGUCCUUCAAGUCCUGAUCGCCGCCGCUUUGGUGGGUACCCAUUUGGGCUAUGGUGUUCUCGGAGAACCCCUGGCUCAGCAGAAACUGGACAGGGUUCGGGAGCUGCCCGGGCAGAACUUUAACGUGAGCUUUGCGCACUAUGCUGGUUAUGUUACAGUCAAUGAGAAAUCAGGGAGAGCUCUCUUUUACUGGUUCUUUGAAGCAGUUGAUGAUUCUGAUUCUAAGCCUCUGAUUCUUUGGCUAAAUGGAGGGCCUGGAUGCUCAUCCAUUGCUUAUGGAGAAGCAGAAGAGAUAGGCCCAUUUCAUAUUUUGCCAGAUGGGAAGACUCUUUACUUGAAUCCUUAUUCUUGGAACAGAGUUGCCAAUAUUUUGUUUCUCGACUCACCAGUUGGAGUUGGUUUUUCAUAUUCUAAUACAUCAUCUGAUUUGAUGAAUAAUGGUGAUAGGAGGACAGCUAAGGACUCACUUAGAUUUUUGCUGAAUUGGUUUGAGCGCUUCCCCCAGUACAAGGGAAGGGACUUUUACAUUGCGGGAGAAAGCUAUGCAGGGCAUUAUGUUCCUCAGAUCAGUCAAGCCAUUGUGUGGCAUAACCGAGCCAGUCAUGGAAAGCCAAUUAAUCUGAAGGGCUAUAUGGUGGGCAAUGCCCUAACUGAUGAUUACCAUGACCACUUAGGAAUAUUCCAGUUCAUGUGGUCUGUGGGUUUGAUAUCUAGUCAAACAUAUAAGCUACUAAACCUUCACUGUGAUUUCGAUUCAUUUAUUCACUCCUCCAGUUCUUGUGAUAACACUCUUGAAAUUGCUGCAAAAGAAUAUGGAAAUAUUGACCUAUAUAGCAUCUUCACACCACCAUGCCCGCAGAGUGUCACCCAAUCAAAUCAGCUUCUAAAGAGAAUGCGUAUGGCUGGUCGAGUGAACCAGAAGUAUGAUCCUUGCACUGAGAGGCAUUCUGAAGUGUACUUCAAUCAGCCUGAAGUUCAAAAAGCACUCCAUGUUAUUCCAGACGUUGCUCCAUCCAAGUGGGAGACAUGCAGUGAUUUGGUAAAUACUAACUGGAAGGAUUCGCCUUCAACAGUGCUGGACAUCUAUCGUGAGCUUAUUCAUUCGGGACUUCGGAUAUGGGUUUUCAGUGGCGAUACUGAUGCUGUUAUCCCAAUUACAUCCACUCGAUACACUAUAGAUGCUCUUAAGCUUCCGGCUAUGAGUCCUUGGCGUGCUUGGUAUGAUGAUGGACAGGUGGGAGGCUGGACUCAGGAGUACGCCGGACUGACCUUUGCUUCCGUGAGAGGAGCAGGCCAUGAAGUACCUCUGCAUAAACCUAAAUUGGCUCUGAAACUUGUUACAUCAUUCUUAUCUGGAACCUCAUUGCCAACUCCUGAACAAGUUAGUGUCAUUUGAAGUUUCCUCUGAUUCAAAUGAUGCAAGAGGAAUCAAAAGAUUUCUCGAUUUUUGACUUGGGAAUCCGAAGAUUUUCUCGGAAGUUAUUUGCUGUCGGGCUGAGUUGAUUUGUUUUUAGAACACAUAAAGAUUUUCUCAGAAUCAUUGUUGGGAAAUGCAUUGCUGCUUGAGUUCAGAAGUAUUAUAUGAAAUUCAUGGGAAAUGUUAGAAUUUGUAAGGAUCUAUCAGAUUUUGAAUUACCAUUUU